AUGUCUGAAGGCCAGUUUAAGCAGGGAUUCGAGAUCCCCGUCGACCACCAGAAGCCUCCUGGUCUCCAGAAGGAGCAGAAGGGUCCUGAUCCCGUGAACGAGCACCUUCCCACCGAAGAUGGCGGCUUCCAGCUCUACAAGGCCGCCGGCAAGCUGGAGGGCAAGAAGGCCAUCAUCACUGGAGGCGACUCCGGUAUUGGCCGUGCCAUUGCUAUUCUCUUCGCCAUGGAGGGCGCCGACAGCUUGAUCGCCUACCUUGAGGUCGAGGAGGCGGAUGCUCAGGAGACCAAGAAGAAGGUCGAGUCGUACGGCCGCAAGUGUCACUUGCUCCAGGUCGACCUCAAGAAGAAGGAGGAAUGCCAGAAGGUUGUCGACACUGCCCUCGAGAAGAUGGGCGCCAUCAACAUCCUUGUCAACAACGCCGCCUACCAGAACAUGUACUCUCUUCCUCACAUGAAGAAGGGAGACACCAUUAUCAACAACGCUUCCAUCAACGCUUACAUCGGCCGCCCAGACCUCCUUGACUACACUUCAACCAAGGGUGCCAUCAUUUCGUUCACUCGUGGUCUUCACAACCAGUACGUCGGCCGCGGUAUUCGCGUGAACGCCGUCGCUCCCGGACCUGUCUGGACUCCUCUGAUCCCUGCAACUAUGAACGAGAAGGCUCAAUCAGAAUUCACCUCACCAUUGGGCCGUCCUUCGCAGCCUUCGGAGAUCGCCACCUGCUUCGUCUUCCUUGCGUGCGCUGACAGCUCGUCCAUCUCUGGACAGACCCUCCACCCCAACGGCGGUGUUGUCGUCAACGGAUAA